GUGUGUGUGUGUGUGUGUGUGUGUGUGUGCUCUUCAGAGAGAGAUCGGGUGUGUGCAGGAGACACAGUUGAGUUAUAAAGAGCACUCCGCUGAAGAAAAGCGUGCAUGAAGAGCACAAAGACAAUUUCAACUCUUGGAGAUAACAGAGCAUUUGUCAGAGAGGAAACUACACAUACUGUCUAAAUGGACGAGUAUGCAACCAUUUGUACAACUAAAGGAAUAUUAGUAUACUAAACUCUGGAGAUUUAAGCAGAACCUCUCUCAGACUCCUGCACUACAGCAGAAAUAAGCAGCUAUAUAAAGAAACAUCCUGUCAAACACAAUGACAACCGUUUGGCCGAUGAAACGCUUCAUCAAUCACACCAUCAGUGCACCGAACAGUACCGCGACACCCACAUACUGUCCUCAUGUGGAAGACGAGAACUUGCGGGUUCCUCUGGCAGUCCUCUACUCCCUCAUCUUCCUGUUUGGCCUGGCAGGAAACGUGCUCGCUUUGUGGGUCUUCCUCUUCCUCCACUCGCGCAAAAAUUCGGUUCGCGUCUUCCUCAUCAACGCGGCCUUCGCCGACCUGUUGCUCAUCGUUUGCCUUCCGUUCCGUGUGUUCUACCACGCUCGGGGGAACCGCUGGACGCUGGGGCCGCGGAUGUGUACGGUGGUGGGUAACCUCUUCUACAUGAACAUGUACGUGAGCAUCAUGCUGUUGGGUCUCAUCAGUCUGGAUCGCUAUCUGAAGAUCUUCGGCGUGAGGAGAUUCUGGUGCUGCUGCAGGCUGCGCUGGCUCAGAGGAAGUCGCUGGAGUCGGGUGGCAUGUGGGCUGCUGUGGACGUGCUCUCUGGUGAUGGUGGUGCCCAUGAUCGCUCUACCCGAGGCCAAAGGAGGAGCAGGAAAGUGUUUCCAGUACAGGAAGAGGACGGAGGCCAAAGCCCAUUUCAACUAUUUCAUAGUGGCCGUCUUUUGGUUGGUGUAUGUGGUGCUGCUGGUAUCGUACGGACGGAUCGCACAAAAACUGCUGCGAGCUUCACAGGACAAACCCGACCUGCCCAACGCUAUGCGUUACAGCCGCACGGCAAAGAAGUCCUUCGUGGUUCUGCUUCUGUUCACCAUCUGCUUUGUACCGUACCACACUUUCAGGUGCUUCUACGUGUGGUCGCAGCUCAGCAACAUCUCCUGUGACACACAACGGUUCAUUGACCGCACGAAUGAAGUGGUGCUGCUGUUUUCCGCGCUCAACAGCUGCCUGGACCCGGUGAUGUACUUCAUGCUGUCUGGAUCGGUGCGCAAGGCUACCAUACAGGCCUUUUCAAGGUUCAUCUGUUCGCACCAAGAACCCUCAGCGACCAACAGCUCCACCACUGAGUACAGGAGAACAUCUGUAUCGCAGGCGUCCACCGCUGCAGUGGCCACAUCGAGAGGGAGUUUGGGUCUGAUCAAGACCCUGCACUGUAAACCCGGCAUCAUUAACACUGCUGAAGGCAACACCAGCACACAAACAGUGGACUGUCACACUGAGCAAACGCUGAUUUCACAGUAGCACUGGGUAAACACAUUAUUUUAUGAUUAAAAAAACAUCUUCAUUUGAACGAUCUCUAUAUCGCUUCUUAAAAUCUUAGUUCAGCAGCGAGAUCUUUUCACUGUGUGGGUGUGUGUGUGUGUGUCUUUUUCUCCCAAUGUGUAACGCCCAAAUCUCAAUGUGCUCCAAGUCCUCAUGGUGGCAUAGUGACUCGCCUCAAUCCGGGUGGCGGAGGAUGAAUCUCAGUUGCCUCCGUGUCUGAGACCGCCAAUCCGCGCAUCUUAUCACGUGACUUGUUGAGCGCGUUACCGUGGAGACGUAGCACGUGUGGAGGCUUCACGCUAUUCUCCGCGGCAACUCACCACACGCCCCACCGAGAGCGAGAACCACAUUAUAGUGACCACGAGGAGGUUACCCCAUGUGACUCUACCCUCCCUAGCAACCGGCCCAAUUUGGUUAUCCCAUGUGACUCUACCCUCCCUAGCAACCAGCCCAAUUUGGUUACCCCAUGUGACUCUACCCUCCCUAGCAACCGGCCCAAUUUGGUUACCCCAUGUGACUCUACCCUCCCUAGCAACUGGCCCAAUUUGUUUAUCCCAUGUGACUCUACCCUCCUUAGCAACCGGGCCAAUUUGGUUAUCCCAUGUGACUCUACCCUCCCUAGCAACCGGGCCAAUUUGGUUACCCCAUAUGACUCUACCCUCCCUAGCAACCAGGCCAAUUUGGUUAUCCCAUGUGACUCUACCCUCCCUAGCAACCGGGCCAAUUUGGUUACCCCAUGUGACUCUACCCUCCCUAGCAACUGGGCCAAUUUGGUUACCCCAUGUGACUCUACCCUCCCUAGCAACCGGCCAAUUUGGUUAUCCCAUGUGACUCUACCCUCCCUAGCAACUGGGCCAAUUUGGUUACCCCAUGUGACUCUACCCUCCCUAGCAUCUUUUACCACUUGUAAAAAUAUAUUUUAAAGGCUCAUUAUUUCGGUUCAGUGUUUCUCUGUAAUGUAGAACAGUGUUAGCAAUAUUACUGAUAACAUCCCUCAGACCUGGCACUCAACAGGACAUUUAGAUUUGGGCACAUCUAUCAUGCUACAUGCUUAUCACUGACCCCUUAGGUAUCAAAAUUUGGUACCGAAAGACAAGACAUUUUUCGAUACUCGAUGGUUUAGAGGCAAUUCGGUCGGUGCCUAAAAUGUAUCGAACUUGAUGCCCAGCCGUACUCUCAUCUGAAACACUUCUGUGAGCUGCCAUGGGUCUUUCCCCGCCAGCGUUUUUAAAAAAAGUUGCCAGCCACCGCCAGGGUUUUUGACGAUUUUCACUAAACUUUAAUGGCCCUUAGAAUAUUUUCUUCCAUGAAUAUAUGAAGAUGCUAUAUAUCACAAUAAAGAUCUGAGCCUCUGCUUUUAGGCAAAAAAAACGAUUUUAUUUUAUCUUCAUUUGUUCUUUUUUUAUUGCCACUUUGACCAACAGAGGUAGGUUUUGUCAAAAACAACAUUUCGGACAAAAAGCUGAUAAAAAGGCAUUUUUAUCAAACAAGUGCUUUAGUAUUAGUAUGGUGUUCCACUUCAUGUUUGAGACGAUCGCAGUCUGUUUCUUUGAUCAAAGAGUUGCGUACUCUUUCAAAACAUGCGCGCGGGUCUUCCUUACCGUAUACCACCUAAAACACGGAUACCCGGAAAAUUCUGUGUUUGGCAGGGAAAGAGUUAAAGGGAACUGCAUGAAGGGGACGCCACUUGAAGUGUCGGAAAAUGAAUCUUUAACAGAAACUGAAUGGUGACAUCUGCCCAGCCCUAUCUCACGGCACGCUAUAGGUUCUGACUGACUGUGGGAAAGUUCACUAAAUCUCAUGCCUAAACGACAAGGUUGAGUAUGAAAUGAGCAGAAAAGCUGCAUGGGACAAACUCACAUGCAACUGCUGUAACAUAAUGACUAGCUUGAAGGUUUGCAAAGUUUCAUGGGAACGCUCUUGAGACGUGUGUGCUGUGAGAACAUGAGAGAUGUAUGAGGAUACAGCCGCAAGAGGCUUUUAACAUCUGCUUUCGGUUUUAUCAAAUCUCACAAAACUCUUUUCAACAAUCGUGUAUUACAGACCACAACAGCAGCAGUCAACACAAACAACCUGCACGAUGCACAAGAAUUUAGUAUGAAUGGCGCCUCCUUGUGGCAAAAAAGGCUUACAUGAGACAUUUCUAUUGGAUCUGCCCAUAUAUAAUUCAUUUAAAUGUUGACAAAUAUAUAAAAUAGAGAUAAAUGCAAAAGGCACUGAGUCUCAUUCUUCUUAUACAAUUCUUCUGGCCAGUGAUAGUUUGAUUCCUCACACACACACACUCUCUCACACACACA